AUGUCUGCCGCCACUGCUUUGGAGCAGCAGUUCGAGGCCACCUCUGGCGCCACCGAUGCCGUCUGGGUGCACAACGACAGGUAUGCCAAUCGUGCCGGACCUGAGGUGAAACCUUUGACCCAGGACACCGAAGCCGACGUUUGCAUCGUAGGAUCGGGAAUUGCAGGGAUUUCGGUCGCAUAUGAGCUGGUCACCCGCGGCAAGCAGGUCAUUCUCCUUGAGGCUCGCGAGCUUCUCUCUGGUGAGACGGGUCGAACAAGUGGCCACUUGUCCAACGCUCUCGACGACGGGUACCUCGAGAUCAAGAAGAAGCACGGCCAAGAUGGUGCUAAAGCGGCCGCUGAGAGUCACACAUGGGCUUUGAACUACGUUGGCGAGAUUGCAAAGAAAUUGGGCAUCGACUGCGAAUACCGAAACCUGCCCGGAUACAUGGUCUCGCAAUUCCCCCGUGGCGACCCCAAACACCCCAAAGACAUCCAAAGCAUUCGUGAUGAGGUCGAGUACGCCAAAGAGCUUGGAAUUGAAGCCGAAUUUAAAGAGGGCUUGACGAUCAAGGGCUGGUCCUCUGAACCAGGCAGUCCCGACCAACGCGACGGAGCCAUUUGGCACGGCCAGGCAACCUUCCAUCCGACAAAGUACGUUAAUGGCGUCUUGAAAUUCCUUCUCCAGCAGCCCAACUUCAAGUGUCAUGCACAGACGAGAGUCAUAUCCGUCGAGGAACCCGGAAUCGAGAUCCUCGGAAUGGGAAACAAGCACGUCGAAGUCAAGACAUUGAAUGGCAACACCGUCACGUGCGGCCACGCCGUUCAGGCCACCAACGUCCCGCUCCAGAAGCUUAGCGUUGUCGUUGAGAUGGAGUUCUACCGCACAUACUGUAUUGCCAUCCGCAUACCCAAGGGCUCUGUGGAGGACUGUCUCAUCUAUGACACUGCAGAGGAGUACAAGUACGUGAAAUUGACAGAUUGCGAUGAGAAGGACGACUUCAUGAUUGUAGGAGGCAUGGACCACAAGGUUGGACAAGAAAAGACAACUGGUCGGUUCGAAGAGCUCGAGUCUUGGGCCAGAGAGAGGUUCCCUCAGGCGGGCGCCAUCGAUUACAAAUGGAGUGGGCAAGUCUUCGAGCCCGUUGAUUACGUGGCGUUCAUCGGACUCAACCAGGGCCAGAAACGCACCUUCAUCGUCACUGGUGACUCCGGUAACGGUCUCACACACGGAGUGAUUGCAGGAAAGCUCAUCGCAGACGAGAUCGACGACCAGCCCAACCCCUGGGCGAAGCUUUACUCACCGAAGCGGGUGGCGUCUAUUCUCGGCUCGGCUCCGUCUAUGAUCGCGCAUGAUCUCCAGAUCAACAGCCAGUUCAAGCGGCUCUUGCAAACCGACAUCACUGACAUCGAAGACUUGGGUCGCGGGUGCGGCGGUGUCCUGAACCCGAAGCUGUCGAAGCCGAUCGCUGUCUACAAAGAUGAGAAUGGCAAAGUGACGAAGGUCAGCGCCAUCUGCCCGCAUUUGAAGGGUGUGGUCUGUUGGAACUCGGUAGAGAAGUCUUGGGAUUGCCCGGUUCAUGGAAGUCGGUUCUCGACAGAGGGCGUGUGUGUUGAGGGUCCAUCGAAGGCAAACCUUGAGCCUAUUUCAUAG